ACAUAUCACACUUUCCGCAAAAAAAACACAUCACACUCUUUCUGCUGUUAUUACUGAACCAUGAGUAUGUACGGCAGAGAUCCGUGGGGAGGCCCGCUGGAGAUUAACACGGCGGACUCCGCGACGGACGACGACAGGAGCCGCAACCUAAACGACCUGGACAGAGCCGCUCUCUCCAGACCAUUAGACGAGACGCAGCAGAGCUGGCUGUUAGGACCCACAGAGCAAAAGAAGAAGAAGAAGUACGUGGAUCUAGGCUGCAUCAUUGUCAGCCGCAAGAUCUUCGUCUGGACGGUCGGCACUCUCCUCGUCUGCGCUGUCUUGUCCGGCUUAAUUACCCUCAUCGUCAAAACAGUGCCUCGCCGUCACCACUCUAAACCCCCGCCGGACAACUAUACCCUCGCCCUCCACAAGGCCCUCACCUUCUUCAAUGCCCAGCGCUCUGGUAAACUCCCCAAGCAUAAUAACGUGUCGUGGCGGGGGAAUUCUUGCACCAACGACGGUAAAUCCGCUACCGGUACUAUUUUUAAGGAUCUUGCCGGUGGGUACUACGAUGCCGGCGAUGCUAUUAAGUUCCAUUUCCCUAAGUCUUUUGCUUUGACUAUGCUUAGUUGGAGUGUGAUUGAAUAUAGUGCUAAGUAUGAAGCUGCUGGUGAGCUUAAUCAUGUUAAGGAUAUCAUUAAGUGGGGUACUGAUUAUCUUCUUAAGACCUUCAAUCAUACGGCUGAUACCAUCACCACUAUCGCCGCUCAGGUCGGUUCUGGGGAUACGUCUGGAGGGAGUUCAAACCCGAAUGAUCACUAUUGCUGGAUGCGUCCCGAGGAUAUAGAUUAUCCGAGACCUGUUACCGAAUGUCAUGGCUGCUCCGAUCUCGCUGCUGAAAUGGCUGCAGCCCUUGCUGCUUCUUCCAUUGUUUUUAAGGAUAACAAGGCUUACUCGCAGAAACUUGUCCAUGGGGCUAAAACACUCUUUAAAUUCUCCAGGGACCAGCGAGGUCGAUAUAGUGCUGGUGGUGCUGAGGCUUCGGUUUUUUACAAUUCAACAGGCUAUUGGGAUGAGUUUAUUUGGGGUGGAUCUUGGCUUUAUUAUGCUACUGGAAAUGAUACUUAUCUUCAGCUUGUCACCACUCCUGGUAUUGCCAAGCAUGCUGGUGCCUUUGCGGGUGGCCCUUUCUAUGGUGUUCUUAGCUGGGAUAACAAGCUUGCUGGCGCUCAGGUGCUUCUUAGUCGUUUGAGAUUGUUCUUGAGUCCUGGGUAUCCAUAUGAAGAAAUAUUAAGGACUUUCCACAAUCAGACCAGUAUCAUCAUGUGCUCUUACCUACCAAUUUUCACAAGCUUUAACCGAACCAGAGGAGGAUUGAUUCAAUUAAACCAUGGAGCACCUCAGCCACUUCAGUAUGUUGUCAAUGCGGCGUUCCUAGCCACCCUGUACAGUGAUUAUCUUGAAGCUGCAGAUACUCCUGGAUGGUACUGCGGGCCAGAUUUCUACUCAACUAAUGUCCUGCGUGAAUUUGCCAAGACCCAGAUUGAUUACAUCCUGGGAAAAAAUCCUAAGAAAAUGAGCUAUGUUGUGGGUUUUGGUAAUCAUUAUCCAAAACAUGUCCACCACAGAGGUGCAUCCAUCCCUAAGAACAAGAUCAAGUAUAACUGUAAAGGAGGAUGGAAGUGGAGGGACAGCUCAAAGCCAAACCCAAAUACGAUUAUCGGAGCCAUGGUUGCUGGUCCUGAUAAGCAUGAUGGUUUCCAUGAUGUCCGUACGAACUACAAUUACACAGAGCCAACUCUUGCCGGCAAUGCAGGUUUAGUUGCAGCACUUGUGGCUUUGUCUGGUGAUAGAACUACUGGGAUUGAUAAGAACACAAUAUUCUCAGCAGUUCCUCCAAUGUUUCCCACUCCACCACCACCUCCAGCACCCUGGAAACCAUGAGUUAAGGCUGUAUUGUGUGAUUUAUGGUUAGAUGAUUUUGGUGCAGUAGAUAGUGGAACGUGGAUCCCAUGGAAGUCAAUGAUAGUGCAAAUUGAGGAAAGAAUGUGAAGACAGGCCUGUUGGACUAGGAUGAGCAUUUACAAGUUGAUAAUUUGUAUCCCAAAUGUGAUUUUGUUCAAUUUACAUAGUAUAAUGUGUAUGGUAGAUAUCAAUCUUGUAUUCUUUGAAACAUGUGAAUCCAAACAACUAAAAAAUUGAUUAACUAUGAACUUUCAUUAA